CCUGCCUGCGAUUUGCUGCUGCCAACAGUCUGUGUACAGUCACGCAAAUACACAGCAGACGACGUAUAACCUUUAAAUUUCAAUUCUUGUUUCUGUGGUCGUCUUGUGGUACAGUUUCUUUAUAGUUGAAAUGGACAGCAAUGAAUGGUCUAGAUUGUGGCUGCAGUUUACAACAAGAUUCAAUGCUGCUUGGAAAGCAAAAGAUGACUUCUUCUCACAGUACUAUGAUACUGUAACAAAUUUUCUUCGAGAUCCAUCGCUGGAAGACACACUACACGAAAAGAUUGGUGGUGGCCCUCAUGGAUAUGGUGAUCCUGCUGAUACAUCCCUUAGAGAAGAGGAAAAAUACUUAUUUCCUCCUAUGAUUUGGAGAAAGGUCCGUUACGAAAAAUGUCUAGAUGUUACAGAGAAGUUUUACAACUGUGUCAACCAAUGUCGGCUCGGGCAAGAGGAAGUAGAAUGCAAAACUGCGGAGAUAGCAAUGCAUGAGUGUAAAUCGUCGUACUAUAAUCCUGCCAAGAUAGAUGAGGUAGAAAAUGAGUGCAUCCAAGAAUACAUCAAAUUACGCUCAAAAUUCAGAGAAAGUGGUAGUGAAGAGGACUUAUGGAAAAUGAAAAUGAUGUUAUUAGCACCAAAAUAUGAUAAACUGCGUCAAUUGAAAAAGGACCAAUCCAAGUGAUUCUUUGAUGUGAUCAAUGUGAUGUUUGUUACUUACUCAAUAGAGCUAAAGACUGUUCACUCAGUGUUAA